UUAUAUCAACACUACACUAACUGCUUAUUGCACGUGAUUUUUACACGAACGAAACGUCCCUGGUGUAUGUUUAGUCGUUGUGAACGUUGCAGCUCAAGUCAUACUACGUCAAAUCCUAUUCCUACAUAUGGAGAAUAUUUUGCUACGGUACGAACUCAAUCUUUGCGCCAAACUGAGCAACUGUGAGUGAUCGAAAAAGAUUCUACAAAAAGCCUUGACGUGAUGCCCUCGUUCUUGUUUUGAUGAAUCCUCGUAGUUUUCUGUACAUUUUCCUCGCUAUUAUUUCGUCUAGUCUUUCUCUGUGAAGCUCGCUCAGAUGCUGAAAAAGUUGACAUUGAUUAUUUAGUAGAUCCAUUGAACAAUAUCGUAUCUAAAGCAUAUAAUCGCCCUGAAAGUAGCUCUGUACGUGUUUUAGAGAGAUGUCAAUCGAAAUGGAGCACAGUGCGAUAUCUCAUCCAUACUGAAUUCAUCCGUUGCGAAGCAAGAAAUUCUUGUUAUUUUCUCACUUUUCUUCCGCUUCUUCUCGAUAUCAUCAUCCUUAGCAGUAGUUGCGAAAACGAAAACUCCAGGAAGUUGUUGCAACGUUUUCCUCGCCCAGAGCGUAGCCCGAAAAUGUCUGUAGCGAAUCAAUACUCCCAACGUGGUCGCCUCUUGCGACAUGGCGAAGGACAAGGAGCUCGAGGAAAGCAGUGGUUUUCUCGGUCGAGGGACUUUUCUUCUGCCACGAGAUCCUUGCGCUCUGAGAGUCAUGCUGCGCCCAAUCACGUGCAUCGAAUGGUUGCAGCCCACAAUCAAAACAUCGAAAUGUCGCAAAUAUCGCAGCUGUCGAUGGAUUCGUUGUCUUCGUCCUACGGAACACAUUCUCACCCAACUGGUUUCGUCGACAGUAUUCCCCUGGGACAGCCCUCGAUUGAGAGCUAUAGUCAGGGGCACAGCCAUUCUUCGUCGAUCUCGCACCAACAGCAAGGCUGUAACGACCCACGAGAAAGGUUCGCUUGUUCGGAAUUUACGAGCUCAAGAAACGAAGAUGCAACAACAGCACUCAACAGCUUGCACAGUAACUCCAGAAGUUCUUCUUCGUCCUUGUCUAGACCAAAACGCAAGCCAUCACUGCUAACGACAAAGAAAAAAAGGAGGAAGAACGGGACGCAGAAAAUGCGCUUUGCUGGCCCAGGUGAUGAUCGAUUUGGAACUGACGCUCACGCAAUGAGCCAGGGCUCUUGGGGUACGAAUUUGUCGAUAUCCGCGUGUGCCUCGAAAUCACCAUCUAGAACUAGUGCACAAGAUAGCUCGCGAAGUGCUCAUCGAUUCCAGGCACAAACGCCUUUGGAUACUAGGACCCUUCCGCAUUUGGGUGGCAUCGGCGGCGCUAACUCAUCCUACCACUCACCACCACAAGAGCAGAUUCGCCACCGGAACGCCGGAAAACUUUGUGCCCUGCGAGAUAUGAGCGACAAUUUUGAUCACAGAUACGAGAGAUCAAACGAUUCUCGCCCGUUGGUGCUAAUAGGUUCUUUGAGGAGAAGUAGCAGCAGACACCCAUCGUUGUCGAUUGCGGACCGUACCUUUGCAAAAGCUGCGACUCCUCGUAAAAAGCUGGAUGUGCCAUAUCCUCUACUCGAUUCUCAACUGCGUCAGCAACAGCAUGAGAUACGGCGACAGCAACAACAUCAAAACCAAAUAAAUCCAAGUAACACUGAAACGGCAAUGACGGGGACGAACAAAGUUAUGGGGGAUAUGCUAGAGGAUAAUAAGUCCAAACAAGAAAAAUAUCCUUUAGGACAGGAGAAAGAGAACAGGGACGGCAAUAUUCGUACUGAAAUUGACACCGGUACUGAGGAUGGAGCUCAAGGGCAUACACAUUCACAAAGCGAACUGAUAGAGGAAAGAGAAAGCGGGAUGACCUCGUCGCUCAAUGGGACACMAGUACCAGCUGUAUGGAACGAAAAUGGCAAAUCUAAUACGAACGCUUUAUCUUCCACAAGCCAAAAUUGUAAUGGGAAUGGAUCAAACGCUGUCACCACGGCUGUUACUUCUCAAGAACACCAGCUUGAUUUGAUUGAACCCAGUAUUCUAGAAACUCAAAAGAAGCAGGGCAUGGCAGAUUUCAAAGAGCAUCUUCAAUCAUUACUACGUGAAAUGGAAUCGAAAUCGAAAACCAAUUUCAAUGAAAUUCUCCGCACCGCCACGUCUUGUGCCGAGUCCAAGUUCGUGGAGAAGAUCAAAACACUUCAGAAAACAACGCAAUCGGAACUCAAUCGGAAUGCUGAAGCACUUCGGGAAGCAACGACGUCCGAGCUUGACCGAAAAGCUGAAGCGACCCAGACAAUUGCGCAAUCUAAUUUAGAUCAGAAAAGAAGCGAGAUAGAGAAGUCGAUCGAGGACCUAGUCGACUCAGAAAAAAACAAGCUGGAAGAGACUAGUAUCAAGUGUGUGCAAAAGCUAGAACGUUUUACAGAGGGAAGUCUUAGCAGGCUUUCGAAGUUUACAGAAAAGUGGAUUGCGGGUAGUUGCAAGAAGAUCGCGAAUAGUCUCAAACCAUAUAUGUCCAUCGCUUCCGAAACAAAUACACAAUCCAAGGAAGAAGCUAGUGACGGUUUUGGGAAGAUUCCCAAAACAACGAAAUGCUGUCGAUCAGAUAUCAAAUCCACCAACAGUGAUCAAGUGAACACGAAAUCCUCCAGAUCCUCCAAAGAGAACUAUUCCGUUGGACAACAGCACUCUCCUGCCGAGAACGAAGUGAGUCUCACUCAGGGCUCCAACAAGAAAGGUUCACCAAAGAGUAACGGCGAAAAAGCGCAACUCCGACCGUUGCGGAGAUCAAAGCGUACGAGACAGUCAAGAAACCCUAACAGUAGCAACCUCAACAGUUGUACUCCAUUGCCUAAGGGAAAAGGUGCGAAGAAUUCUAUGAAAAAGGAAGAAGCGAAUGACUUGUCAUGUCCUGAUGGGAAAGAUCGCAUCGUGACAUCCGAGAGCGAGAUACCAUUAGCCGCUACUCGAAAGGACAAGGCUCUUUGCGUAACGCCAAUCGGAGAGGCGUCCGGAUCCAAACAGAAAGGACAGAAGAAACUAGCUGUGAGAGCUCGUAGGAGAUCGAUCGCUAAGCAGGAUGUUCCUCGUUCGAUAUCCCAUGGACAAAAAUCUCCUCAUGUUUCGCCAAUGAAAAUCAGACGACCUGAAACUCAUCGAAAUGCAAGUAAAAAUCACGUACCAUCCGAAAUCGUUGCGUACAGCAAUGUUUACCUGUCCCCACUCGAAGAUCCAAAACCAGUGGUUUACAAUAAGACUAUACGACCUCGCAGUGACAUUGCGCUCAAAACCAAGCGUACACGGAAGCCAAAGAGUAAAACCUCCAUCGGUAGAAGCAAAAGACGCAAAGGGGGGGCAAGAACAUACGCAAAGAGACCUAACCAUUUCGACAUGACAGAAAAAGACAGUUUCGAGUUUUGAAAUUGGAAUGCAAUAGAUAUGCGUGUGGUGACAAGAUGGAUUUGAAUCAUUAUUUCAUUUCAAAGCUGAGGUCUCUUCAUAAUUGUUUUUCAAUAUGCUGGCUGCGCAUUGUAUAUCCCAAAAGAGUUCUAGAUACUGUGACACAGUUUCAAAAAUACUUUUUGCCAUGCCACUAGAAUCCUAUCACAAAAAAAAGUAGGGCUAUUACC